AUGACCCGGGCGAAGGAAGAAGCGAGGGCUGCGCAGGCCCUCAUCGGGGCGCUACCGAGUAAUGGGGGCAGGAUUCGAAGAAGAAGAGCUGCGGGCGCCCCACGUUUCCUCCAGCCUGAUGAUAACAUCAGCGCCUGUCAGGUGGUUGAGUGGCCGGCCGCCGGGCUGCGAGGGCCGGCGGCGGCCGAGGGAUGCGCCGCGCCCCGCCGAGCCGGUCCCGCCGCUCCAGGUGAGACGGCUCCAGGAGCGCAGCGCGCCGCGGCCAUGGGCACCCUGGGCAAGGCGAGAGAGGCUCCGCGGAAACCUCCCCAUGGCUCCAGAGCUGGCCCUAAAGCAAGACUAGAGGCCAAAUCAGUCAACGGCCCUCUCCCUGCCCAGCCUAGCUUGGCCCAGAUCACCCAGUUCCGAAUGAUGGUGUCCCUGGGACAUUUGGCCAAAGGAGCCAGCCUGGAUGAUCUGAUCGACAGCUGCAUUCAAUCUUUCGGCUUUGGACCACAAGGAAGCAGUUCAUCCAUCAGAAGCUAAAGCCUAUUUAAGUCUAAGCCAAAAAUAAAAAGGAGGAAGAGUGUCUGUGAGAAGACACAGACACGGCUGGACUUUGACGUUCCAGGUCACCUUGCCAGAGGCCUCGUGAAGUCCUCCCUCAAUCACCGCAUAUAUGUAGGGUCGCCUCUCCCUUCUCCCGGCCCUCCCACCAUUCAGCAAGGUCUCUGUGAUUUCUCUUCCUAACAUGUGGUGCCUAAAAUGAUUAGGUCCACUGCCUGUGGUUCAUUCUUCAGCUAGAUCUGGUCCACUGCCUGUGGUUCAUUCUUCAGCUAGAUCUGGUCCACUGCCUGUGGUUCAUUCUUCAGCUAGAUCUGGAGCUCUUGCGUGGCAGCCUGUCCAUUGCUCAUCAGACAUCUGCUGGGACCCAGGACCAUCUAGGAUAGUUUCGUAAUCAAUAUUGGUGAAUAAGGUUAAAAAC